UGUCUCUUUAAGAGGAGGGGGCGUGUCAUCUGUGGGGCUGUCCCUUUUAUUUGAAUAUACAGUAGUUAAUCGGGGCUGGGAUCGAUUACGUCGUAUGUUUUUCGUGUUUGUGAGAGGAGCACCAGUGGGACGUGGGCUUCUCAGGCGUCAGAAAUACUCAUGACCUUAACGUUUGAAUGAUAGCACUCAGCUAGGACAGGAAGGCGUUUUCUCCGCCGCACGCAGAAACCGAGCAGUAAAGAGGCACUGCUCGCAACCAGGAAUAUGGACUUGCACAUAUUGGACCACAGGCUGCGGGUCACCAAUAUAUCCAAGAAUGGGCUGGUGAAUUUCACGCACCCCCUGAUAAAGCUGAUAUUUCUCCGGAACAGGACACGAUGUAAGUUCUUCAGUCUGACUGAGACUCCAGAGAACUACACAGUUGUCCUUGACGAGGAAGGAUUCAAAGCCAGUGUAGGUUUACCAGUUAACCUUACAUUUGGAGUGUGGAAGGAAACAGGAGGACCUGGAGGAAACCCACAAUGGAGAACAUACGAACUCCACACAGAGAAAAGCCUCGGCCAGGGUUCAAACCAGAAAGAGCUGCAGCCCUCCGAGCACCUCCAAGUAGAGAGCUCCAUCUGGCUGCCGCUCAACGUGGUCUCUAAUGGCAAUGCUUCCAGCAGCUCUCAGGCUGUCGGCGUGACCAAGAUUGCCAAGUCGGUCAUCGCCCCCCUCGCCCAGCAGCAUGUCUCUGUUUUCAUGCUCUCCACUUAUCAGACUGACUUCAUCCUGGUGAAAGAGAAAGACCUGUCUGUAGUCAUUAGCACUCUUGAGGAGGAGUUCAGUAUCUAUAAGGAGGUGGGAGGAGAGUCUGUCCCCGUGCAUUGUCAGGAUGUUCCCAACGGCCUCCAGAAGAACGGCAGAGAAGCGAUCCAGCCUACAGUUCACCCGGUUCUGAUCCCAAAGAACCAGUUUUGUGUCAUGUCUCUGGAUCCUGAUACUCUGCCGUCCAUCGCCACUACGCUUAUCGACGUCCUCUUUUAUUCCAGCAGCCCGAAGGAGGAGCCCCAGUCAUCUCCAAGCCGGGACCUGGACUGUAUUAAAUUCUUUUCCUUCUCCCUCAUCGAUGGAUACAUCUCACUGGUGAUGGACACUGAGGCUCAGAGACAGUUUCCGGCCGAUCUUCUCUUCACCAGUUCCUCCGGAGAGCUGUGGAGAAUGGUUCGUAUAGGAGGACAGCCGCUGGGUUUCGAUGAAUGCGGGAUAGUUGCUCAGAUAUCGCAGCCGCUCGCUGACAGUGACAUCUCUGCCUAUUACAUAAGCACCUUCAGCUUUGACCAUGCUCUGGUCCCUGAAGAGGACAUUGUGAGUGUGAAAGACAUGCUCCAGCACCAGAGGAAAGAACCGGCCACCAGCUGAUUCCCGAAGCACCGACAGUGCUGGAUGAUCCCGGAUCAGUGCGUUCCCCCCUCGCUCCAGUUCCAGCAGCGAGGGGGUGGCGGGCCGGCAGAGACGGAGACUAACUCUGUGCCUAGAUUAGAACUGCGUUUCCAGCAGUAUUAACUACUACAAGUUUGCCAUAAACACCACAAGCGCUUUUCUGUGGUGUGUGCUCUCAGUGUGUCUGUGAGGCCUCCUGUCUUACCUGCAGCAUAAAGACAGGGUGCACAAGAUUCUUAGGAGGGGGCUUGCAAAUGCACAAACACCUCUGAACAGACACAGCCACACUUUAGUUUCACAAGCAGAGCGUCAGAUACGAGCGUGUGUAACAGGCAUGUAUAGUCUGAAGUUGAAUUGUGUAGUAAAAUGUUGUGCAGCAUACAGAAGAACACAAACAUUUUAGCAUUGCUGUAAACACAACUUGGUCUUCCAGUGUGUUAUAUUUGAAUACCAUGUCUGAGCAGAAGUUGUUUUGAUUUCAUUUUUGUUCAGCUGGAAGGGUGUAGUUUGAAAUGCAAGGCGGUGUUGAGAACAAUCGUUACAAUAAUUUUCAUGCAAAAUUUUUUGUUUUGGUUUGAGGAGAAAUUUGCAGAUUCUUGUGUCAAAACUAUCAAAAGCACUGCAGAUGCUGAACGCGUGGCCAUUCGUUUUUUUUUUGUUUUUUUUUUUUAAAUAAUAGGUCAGCAUUUCUUAACCUGAGGUCAAUAACACUAUGUCUUUUUUUUAUUUUUUUUUUGUUAUUUGCACAAUAAACUUUAUAUUUAGCUAAUAUCACUUAGGUGGAUUUUCUUUGGUACAC